AUGUUUGACGAAACUCCCACGGAUCCUUAUAACAACAAUUUCCAUGAGUACGCUUACUUAAAUCGAUACAAUGUGUUUGGAGAUCCUAGGUUGGAUGUGAUAUCGGAUAAAGAGGUGGAUCAAUCUGCUGAUGAGACGGUCGACGAAGAUUAUGGAGAGAUGGACUGGAGUGCAGAAGAACAUGGAAGUGUAGAGGAUGAUACUAGUGAGGACUCUGAGAAUGAUACCAGUCCUAAGCAGAGCCAAUCCUCGCAAUCAGACCUCUCAGACAGUUGCGGAAGCCCAGCAAAUGAGAAAUUGUCAGAACUCGUUGUGCAGGAGGAAGCUGCUCUUCCUCCUCCUGUGUUCGAGUUUACGUUCACUGUCGAGCACAACAUCAACCUAAGCAUUGAAGUCACUCCGCCAGAAGACACCAGUAUUACAACGCCGCCCACACUCUCCAAGCUUCCUGAGAACAGAAAACGAAAAGCCAUCCACAGUCUCAUGGAAAUGAUGACACUUUCAGAAAACAUCUCACCAAAAUACAACCCCACCACGAUGCCCAGCCCCGAAGAAACUGCAAAAAGAAGACGUCUAGGCACAUUCCCAAUCCCCACCACCAACCUCCCCUUAUCAGUCUACAACCCCAGUGCUCGCAGCACCUCAAAACCACCCGACCCAAAACGCCUCAAAAUCUACUUCCACAAAGCCUGUCUCCACAGAGUGGACUAUAAGACUCUCCCAGAAAUCCUCGAAACCUACGAGUCCACCACCAACCUCAUCCGCACCGCCGACGCAAACCACUUCUUCAUCGCCGAACCGCGUUGGUGCACCGACUGCAUCUUCAUGAAAUCCUCCUCUCUCCGCGUAAACUACCCCGAGCCCUCGUCGCUCACAAAACGCGACCUGCUCAUCCACGCCAAAGAAAAGGGGUGGCGCGAUGGAAAGAUCGCGUCGCUUAGCACGCCUAUCUCCGUGUGUCUUGCGCCCUAUCCGGCUGUGGAUGAACAUCUGUAUCAUCCGCCGUCUCGCGCGGAAGAGAGGAUUGAGAUGUUGUUUGGGAAUGUGGGAGUGGAGAGUGCCAAGGUGAAAAGGAAGAGGGGGAGGGAGGUGGAGAGGAUGGUGGAGAUGUAUAAUGGGGGGUUUAUGCUGGGGAUGAAGUUUGGGGUGUCGAGGGAGGAGGAUAGGUUUGAUGUUGGAGAGAGGCUUUUUACUGAGAUGAGGUUGUUGGGGUCGUGGUAG